AUCCACUACCGAAGACCAUCUGUACAACAUGUUUGAGACGCGUGGAACAGCAUUAUGAUCUACUAAUGCGAUUAUCACGAAUCCGGGAAGAGAGAUUCGUUGAACUAAAGAGUCGCCAACAUGUUGAAGAUUUACCCUACGUAUCUAGUCCUGAAUUUUCCGAAGAUGAUAAUUAUCACAGCGAAGACGAAUCCAGGCGACGACAAUCUCAAGAUCCUCUAGCAGAUAACGGAUCUCCUUCGACAUCAUCUGCAUCGGCAGACAUUCCUUCUUCAUCAACACGAUCUAAUGAGGUUGGCGUUUCCAAUAGUAACAGUACGAAUGUUGACAAUGACAUCGAUAUCAACACAAACGUUGAUACUCUAGAAGAUUUUUUGUCAUCUUCGUCUUCCAACACAACGUAUGAAAACAAUGCUGCUGAUCAAUUUGAGAUGACAUUGCCAGUGCACAAUGACUGA